CACACGUGUGCAUUCUCUCCCUCUACGAAUUCCCUUCCGGUCCUUACGGUUAUCGCUCCAACGUCGCUUUCGUUUUAGUCGCGCUGUACAUAUCUUCCUCUUGCAGCGGCUUGCGCCCAAUCACCGCUUCCGGCGAACCCACUCCCUCUCAGCAGCCGCCUCAAUUAGCAGAACACCGCACGCGGACACCCCUCACGACGUAUAAGUCACGCGUGCCUGGCUAUCUGUCUCCAACGCCCUGCUUAUAUCGCGGUCAUGGCGUGCUAUUCUACCGCAGUCAUGACCGAGUCCUACGAGGAGCCCGUUUUGCGUUCCGACCGCUCCAACCGCUCCAACUACGGCACCUUCUCUCGCGAGACUGACAAACAGCGGCGCCACUCCUCAUACCAUACUGAUCAUGCACACCCAUGGACAGUCGACCCUGACGACAUGCAGGUGAUUGUCGAUCGCUUCCUCGCAGAACUCGGCCGCCGGCUAGACUUCCUAGAGCCCUACGGACAGCUGAAUAUCGACGCUGGUAUUGAACGCGCAUACUCGACUCUCCUGGCUGUCCGCGAAUCGUGUUCCAAAAUAUCCGAUGGUGUCAUUGACGCGGGGAGGCGGAGGGCGAAUGUGCUGGUGGAUACGCUGGAAGAGCGUUACAAGGAAGCGCUGACGAAGAAAGAGACGCUAGAGCAGAGAGUGCAAGAGGGCGUACGGCUAAUGGAAUCCUUCUUGGGAGAAUUUGAGACACGAGCGUACGCCAUGCGUGAUGCCGGAAUUGGCUCCGUUGCCAACAACUUCAUUGACGAAGGCUGGAGGCGGGUCGACUCAGGGCUCGGCAAGGCGAAGGGAGUCGUAGACGAGGGCCUGACUAAAGCACGCCACGCAAGAGAGACUAUUGAACAUGCCGUUGAACGGGCACUAGACCGAGCAAGAGAACACGGCCUCAUCAAGUACGAAGACCUCCCCGAUCCGUGGCGGAUAAACCCACACAUCCUCAAAGGCUAUCGCUUCCACGAGGGCAAGCUCGACUGCGUACGCUCCGCCCUCAGCUUACACAACGAACUCUUCAACAUCUGGUCGCAUGCAAUCGGCCUGGUCAUCAUCCUCUCCAUUGCAUUCUACUUCUAUCCCACCAGCGUGAACUUCUCCCACUCCACCAACGCCGACGUCUUUAUUGCCGCCGUCUUUUUCUUCGCCGCAGCUAAAUGCCUGGUCUGCUCGACCAUCUGGCACACCAUGAACUCCAUAUCUCAUCAAACUCUCCUCGAGCGUUUCGCCUGUGUUGAUUACACGGGCAUCUCCCUCCUCGUGGCCGCAUCCAUCAUGACGACUGAGUAUACAGCUUUCUACUGCGAACCUGUCUCACGCUGGAUUUACAUGCUCACCACUGCCGCCUUGGGAAUCGGCGGUGUCAUUCUCCCCUGGCAUCCCACUUUCAAUCGCCAAGACAUGGCAUGGGCCCGCGUGCUCUUCUAUGUUACCCUCGCCACGACCGGCUUCAUCCCUAUCUUCCAGCUCGCCCUGUCCCGCGGGCUCGGAGUCGCUCUCGCCUUCUACGCACCCGUCAGCAAGAGUAUUGUCGUCUACUUGACCGGCGCAAUCCUAUACGCCAGCAAGAUUCCCGAGUGCUGGUUCCCAGGAAUGUUUGAUUAUGUGGGCGGUAGCCACAACAUAUGGCAUUGUGCAGUACUGGGCGGCAUUCUGUUUCAUUAUGCGGCUAUGCAGACCCUUUUUACGCAGGCUUUCGAAAGAGCGAACGUAUUUUGUUCGGCUUAUUAGGGCUGGCUGCAUGAUUUUGGCUGACGCAUUGGAUGACGGGCAUUGUAAGGCUGCAUCGGGGGUUUUGCAUGGGUGGGUUUCAAUAACAUAGACGCAUUAGAGACUUGAAUGAGUAACAGGAUUGCAUGCAUCAUUUUGGGAUGGUAGGGAGUACGUACCUAAACUCGCUGGGCUCGCUCCCAAAUAUUUUUUU